AAAAAAAAAAAAAAAAUAUAUAUAUUGCGACAGUACAGGGAUGACCAGAGACUGCGACACAGGGAUACCAGAGACUGCGGACACAGUACAGGGAUGACCAAAGACUGCGGACAGUACAGGGAUGACCAGAGACUGCGGACACAGUACAGAGAUGACCAGAGACUGCGGACACAGUACAGGAGAUGACCAGAGACUGCGGACACAGUACAGGCGGAGAUGACCAGAGACUGCGGACACAGUACAGGGAUGACCAGAGACUGCGGACAUAGUACAGGGAUGACCAGAGACUGCGG